UCAGCCAUUGGAAGGUUCCCAGUUCCCCUAAGGCUUGAGAACCUGAACUUUUGUUUUGUCCUACUGUUAAAAUGGAGUCUGAAGUUAAAAUGGCAGCACUUAGGACAAGGUGCUUUUGCCUGCUCCCUUCGCUCUAAGAGGAGGACAAGAAAGACAAGAGUGGGACAUCUCCAGGGAAGUUAAGAGUCGACUGUGCUUCAGUUUAAGGUUUUAACGUUGAAGAUCUCCACAUUGAAAGAUGGAGGCUGAAGGUGGCGAAGCACCACCUCCUGAGAGCGAAGAGGCUCCUCCUCCUUCUCCUCCUCCUCCAACUCCUCCGACGGAAGCUCCGCCUCCUCCCUCUGAGGACGACACUGCCCCGCCUCCUCCCGAGGAGCAGGCCCCGCCCUCCGAGGAGGGUGUGGCCCCACCCCCUCUGGAAGAGGACUCGCAGCCGGCUCCUGAAGGAGAGGCCCCGCCCACCCCGGACACAGACGCCACGCCCAUCUCUGUACAGGACGCAGGUCCUUCAGUGACUGACUACAGGAGUCUGAUUCCUUCAGACGAGGAGCUAACGACCGACGAUGCAGGGUCCAGCCAGAGCAGGGUCCGACCGAGGCUCGCCCCGAGGCCUGUGCAGUCAGUGCUGUCGGAUGGGCUUUCUCUUUCUCAGUCUUCCCGGCGCUCCUCCAAGUACCGCCGAAGUAUGAGUGGCAUUCCAAACCUCCAGGAGACCCUCAAAGAGAGACAGGCAAGAUUCAGAGAAGCAAGGGAAACCCGGAAAAUGAGAAUUGAUCCCUCAUACAAAUACAUAUUUGAAAUUCUAGCAGAGAGGCUUGGGCUGGACAUGGUAACCGUGGAAGAACUAAUUUUGGAUUGCCCAUCGCUGGAUCCAUUCAGCCGUUUUUUUGAGAAAGGCGGAUGUAAGACGCUGAAGUUUUUAUAUCAGGAAGGAGAGGCUCCAGGUCUUGAAUGUGGCCGAACAAUCACUGGCGUACCCAGAGGGUCAAAAAUGAUGAGAAUCUAUGUGGACAACGCGGCUCCAGAGAAGCUGAAAGGACUGUGCAUAUUUUUUGUUCGCUGCCGUAAUGAGGUUGCCAUCAACUCUAAGACCAUUUAUGAGGAUGUUCUAUUUACCGUCUUGGAUGCAUCAAAAGGCCUCCUGGAAGGGAUCAGGAAUAUGCUGCAACACAUAUUUCUACCGGCUAUUCUUGCAACCAACAACUGGGGCGCUUUAAACCAGUCCAAGCAGGGCGAAUCUGAGAAGCAUAUUUUCACAGAAACCAUCAAUAGAUAUCUUUCAUUUUUAGAUGGCGCUAGAAUAAGCAUUGAAGGCACAGUGAUGUUGAAGAAGGUAGACAAUAUCGACUUCUCCAAACUGCAAAACUUUGAAGAAGUCACAGCUGCGGCGAGCAACUCCGAGAUGGUGCAUCAGCUGGAAGAGGUGCUGAUGAUGUGGUACAAGCAGAUCGAGCAGGUCCUUAUUGAGAGUGAGCAGAUGAGAAAAGAAGCCGAUGAUUCGGGUCCACUCACUGAACUGGAGCAUUGGAAGCGUAUGUCAGCCAAGUUCAACUACAUCAUCGAGCAGAUUAAAGGGCCCAGCUGCAAGGCCGUCAUAAAUGUGCUAAACGUUGCACACUCCAAGCUGUUAAAGAACUGGCGUGAUUUGGAUGCCAGAAUCACCGACACAGCCAAUGAAUCCAAAGAUAACGUGCGGUAUUUGUACACCCUGGAGAAAGUAUGCCAGCCCCUCUAUAACUACGACCUGGUGUCCAUGGCACAUGGAAUACAGAACUUGAUUAAUGCCAUCAGGAUGAUUCACAGUGUGUCGAGGUACUAUAACACAUCAGAAAGGAUGACCUCUUUAUUCAUCAAGGUCACAAACCAGAUGGUGACAGCGUGCAAAGCGUAUAUCACUGAUGGGGGAACAAACCAUGUGUGGGACCAGGAGACCCCGGCCGUCCUCAAAAAGAUCCAGGACUGCAUUUUUCUCUUCAAGGAGUAUCAGACAUCCUUUCACAAGACAAGGAAGCAGAUUUUAGAGUCCUCAGGGGAGAAGUCUUUCGAGGUUUCAGAGAUGUAUAUAUUUGGGAAAUUUGAAGCCUUCUGUAAGAGGCUGGAGAAGAUUACAGAAAUGAUAACCAUUGUGCAGACGUACACAGCCCUGAGCAACUCUACGAUCGAAGGAAUAGAUAUCAUGGCGAUAAAAUUCAAAAACAUCUAUCAAGGGAUUAAGAAAAACCAGUAUGACAUCCUGGAUCCACGAAGAACAGAAUUUGACACAGAUUUCUCGGAUUUUAUGUCAAAAAUCAAUACUUUAGAGAUACAGAUACAGGCGUUUAUGAACAGUACCUUCGGAAAGAUCUUGUCUUCCCAGCAGGCGCUGCAGCUGCUUCAGAGGUUUCAGAAGCUGAACAUUCCCUGCCUUCAACUGGAAAUCAAUCACACAAUUGAGCGGAUUCUUCAGUGUUAUGUGGCUGAACUUGAAGCUACCAAGAAGCUUUAUCAUUCUCAGAAAGAUGACCCCCCUCUCGCUCGCAACAUGCCCCCCAUAUCAGGAAAAAUUCUUUGGGUGAGGCAGCUCUACCGCCGGAUAAAUGAGCCCAUCAACUAUUUCUUUAAAAACUCAGAAAUCUUGUCAAGAGCAGAGGGUAAAGCCGUCAUCCGCCAGUAUAACAAGAUCUCAUACGUGCUGGUGGAAUUCGAGGUGGUCUACCAAACAGCCUGGGUCAAAGAGAUUUCGCAGCUGCAGUACGCUUUGCAAGCCACGCUGUUUGUGCGACAUCCGGAAACGGGGAAGUUGCUGGUUAAUUUUGACCCUAAAAUUUUGGAAGUUGUGCGGGAAACAAAGUGCAUGAUAAAGAUGAAGCUGGAUGUUCCAGAACAAGCGAAGAGGCUGCUGAAACUGGAAAGCAAGCUGAAGGCAGACAAACUGUAUCUGCAGGGUCUCCUGCAAUAUUACGAUGAUUUAUGCCAGGAAGUGCCUUCUGUGUUUGUCAAUCUCAUGACCCCGAAAAUGAAAAAGGUGGAAUCUGUGCUGAGGCAGGGGCUCACCAUCCUAACAUGGUCAUCAUUGAUGCUGGAGAGUUUCUUCCAGGAAGUGGAGUCCGUCUUGGAUAUGUUCAACCAGCUUCUAAAGAAGAUCAAUGACCUGUGUGAAAUGCAUAUUGACACAGUUCUGAAGGAGAUAGCCAAGACAUUGCUGAUCUCCUUGUCGGACAGUGGGGCUACAAGAGUAGAAGAUAUGCUGACCCUCAACGAGACAUACACAAAAGAAUGGGCUGAUAUUCUAAACCACAAGAGCAGGCACGUGGAGGAAGCUGUGAAAGAGCUUAUAUCAAUAUUUGAGCAAAUCUAAGAAGUUAAAUACACCAGGAAACAAGUUAAGCCUGUGCCAGAGCAAAGGAAGCAUGUUGUUUUUGGAAGUGAGACAGAAGAGGGUGAUAGCCUUGACUAUGAGACUGAGGCAAAGGAAGUUGAAACCAAUGACAAAGAAGAUGAAUUUAAAAAGGAAUGUAAGGAGGUCUAUGCGUUCUUCUCUCAUCAGUUACUGGACAGUCUACAAAAAGCGACGCGCUUAUCUUUGGACACAAUGAAACGGAGAAUAUUUGUUGGAAGCCAAGGGCGGAAACGGUCAGAGGAUAUCAUAUCCUUUAUAAAAACCGAAGUGCACCUUGCAAUUCCUAAUGUGGUGAUGGUUCCUAGCCUGGAUGACAUUCAGCAAGCCAUCAACCGCAUGAUCCAGUUUACCCUGGAGGUCAGCCGAGGAGUGGCACACUGGGGCCAGCAGCAGGUCAGAAAAAACAAGUCCAGUCCCAACAGCACCUCUCGCACCGCCAACGACCAAAACCACCCAAGCACAGGGAAAUUGCUGAAGAAGGAAGAAAGGUCGUUUGAAGAAACCAUCCCUGCUAGGAAACUGAAGAACUUUUAUCCUGGGGUGGCGGAGCACAAAGACAUCUCCAAGCUGGUCCUCCUCCUGUCUUCCUCUGUGAAUUCUCUGCGGAAGGCGGCCAAUGAGGCCCUGCAGGACUUUCAUAAGUACAAGACUCUGUGGACCGAGGACCGGGAUGUGAAAGUCAAGGAGUUUUUAGCCAACAACCCGUCCCUGACUGAAAUCAGAUCGGAAAUUCUCCACUACGCCACGUUUGAACAGGAGAUUGACGAGCUGAAGCCCAUUAUCGUUGUGGGAGCCCUUGAACUGCACACGGAGCCAAUGAAGCUAGCCUUGUCAAUCGAGGCCAAGGCCUGGAAGAUGCUGCUCUGUCGCUAUCUGAACGAAGAAUAUAAAAAGAAGAUGUUCGACAUGAUAACAUUUAUCAACGAGUACUUGAAAAAGUUGUCCAGGCCCAUUCGCGACUUGGACGAUGUCAGAUUCGCCAUGGAAGCUCUGUCUUGCAUUCGGGACAAUGAAAUUCAAAUGGACAUGACUUUGGGGCCCAUUGAAGAAGCCUACGGCAUUUUAAACAGAUUUGAAGUUGAAGUCACCAAAGAGGAGUCCGAGGGCGUUGAUACCUUGAGAUACUCAUUCAACAAACUGCAGAGCAAAGCUGUGUCCGUGCAAGAUGAACUUGUUCAAGUGCAACCCAAGUUUAAAAGCAACCUGCUUGAGUCGGUGGAAGUUUUUCGUGAGGACGUUAACAACUUCACAGAAGCCUAUGAGACGGAAGGACCGAUGGUGCCAAAUAUUCCACCCCAAGAAGCUAGCAACAGGCUGCAGAUAUUCCAGGCCAAUUUUGAUGAUCUGUGGAGGAAAUUUGUUACAUACUCAUCUGGGGAACAACUUUUUGGAUUACCAGUGACUGACUAUGAGGUUUUACAUAAAAUCAGGAAAGAACUCAACUUGCUUCAGAAGCUGUAUGGCCUGUACGACACUGUCAUGGGCAGCAUCAGUGGUUACUAUGAGAUACUCUGGGGAGAUGUAGAUAUUGAAAAAAUCAAUGCAGAGCUUCAGGAAUUCCAGAACAGAUGUCGGAAACUUCCCAAAGGGCUGAAAGAUUGGCAGGCUUUCCUGGACCUCAAGAAAAGAAUCGACGACUUCAGCGAGUCGUGCCCUCUGCUGGAGAUGAUGACCAACAAAGCCAUGAAGCAGAGGCACUGGGACCGCAUCUCGGAGCUCACCGGCACCCCGUUCGACGUGGAAUCGGACUCGUUUUGUCUGAGGAAUAUCAUGGAAGCGCCGCUCCUUAAAAAUAAGGACGAUAUCGAGGAUAUCUGCAUCUCUGCCAUUAAGGAGAAGGAUAUUGAAGCCAAGCUGACGCAGGUGAUUGAGAACUGGACCAACCAAAACCUGAGUUUUGCUGCAUUUAAGGGGAAAGGCGAGCUCCUGCUCAAAGGGACCGAGUCUGGAGAAAUCAUCACUUUGAUGGAGGACAGCUUGAUGGUCUUAGGUUCCUUGCUGAGCAACAGAUAUAAUGCUCCGUUCAAAAAGAAUAUCCAGAACUGGGUGUUUAAAUUGUCCACGUCCUCAGACAUCAUCGAAGAGUGGCUGGUGGUGCAGAACCUGUGGGUCUACCUGGAAGCCGUCUUUGUGGGCGGGGACAUUGCCAAGCAGCUGCCACAGGAAGCCAAACGUUUCCAGAAUAUUGACAAGUCGUGGGUCAAAAUAAUGCAGCGAGCUCACGAGAACCCCAACGUGAUCAGCUGCUGCGUCGGGGAUGAGACCAUGGGGCAGCUUUUGCCCCACUUACACGAGCAGUUGGAGGUCUGUCAGAAGUCCCUCACCGGGUAUUUGGAGAAGAAGCGAUUGCUGUUUCCGAGAUUCUUCUUUGUCUCUGACCCGGUUCUGCUGGAAAUCCUCGGACAGGCCAGUGACUCCCACACCAUACAGCCGCAUCUCCCUGCAGUGUCUGACAACAUAAACGAGGUGACAUUUCAUUCCAAAGACUACGAUCGAAUGAUGGCUGUUAUAUCAAGAGAAGGAGAAAAAAUCAUGCUGGAUACUCCAGUUAUGGCCAAAGGUCCCGUAGAGAUUUGGCUUCUGGACUUGUUAAAAGUCCAGAUGUCGUCAUUGCAUAAUAUAAUCCGGUCUGCCUUCUAUCAAAUCAGCGAUUCGGGAUUUCUGCUGCUGCCUUUCCUCCACCACUUCCCGGCACAGGUUGGGCUUCUGGGCGUUCAGAUGCUGUGGACGCAUGACUCAGAGGAGGCUUUAAACAACGCGAAGGACGACAGGAAAAUCAUGCAAAUUACCAACCAGAAAUUUCUGGAUAUUCUGAAUACUCUCAUCAGUCAGACGACGCACGACCUGAGCAAGUUUGACAGAGUGAAGUUUGAGACUUUGAUCACCAUCCACGUACACCAGAGAGACAUUUUUGAUGACUUGGUGAAAAUGCACAUCAAGUCAGUCACCGACUUCGAGUGGCUGAAGCAGAGCAGGUUUUAUUUCAAGGAAGACUUGGAACAGACCGUGGUGUCCAUCACAGAUGUGGAUUUCAUCUACCAGAACGAGUUUCUCGGCUGCACGGACCGCCUCGUGAUCACCCCGUUAACAGACAGGUGCUACAUCACGCUGGCUCAGGCGUUGGGAAUGAACAUGGGCGGGGCUCCAGCAGGACCCGCAGGGACAGGCAAAACGGAAACCACCAAAGACAUGGGCAGGUGUCUGGGGAAGUACGUGGUUGUGUUCAACUGCUCGGAUCAGAUGGACUUCCGGGGCCUGGGAAGGAUUUUCAAAGGUCUUGCGCAGUCGGGUUCCUGGGGCUGUUUUGAUGAGUUUAACAGAAUUGAAUUGCCUGUCUUAUCUGUGGCGGCCCAACAAAUUUACAUAGUUUUGACGGCGAGGAAAGAGAGGAAAAAGCAGUUCAUUUUCUCAGAUGGUGAUUGUGUGGAUUUGAAUCCGGAAUUUGGAAUCUUCCUGACAAUGAACCCUGGAUAUGCUGGGCGCCAGGAGCUGCCAGAAAACCUAAAAAUCCAGUUCAGAACAGUUGCAAUGAUGGUUCCCGACAGGCAGAUCAUUAUGCGAGUUAAACUUGCAAGCUGUGGUUUUCUUGAAAACGUUAUCUUGGCGCAGAAGUUUUAUGUUCUCUAUAAACUCUGCGAAGAGCAACUUACUAAGCAGGUCCACUAUGACUUUGGACUGAGAAAUAUCCUGUCUGUGCUGAGGACCCUUGGGUCUCAGAAAAGAGCCCGGCCAGAGGACAGCGAAUUAAGUACGGUCAUGAGAGGACUAAGAGACAUGAACCUUUCCAAAUUGGUUGAUGAAGACGAGCCCCUGUUCCUCAGCUUGAUCAACGACCUGUUUCCGGGGUUACAGCUGGACAGCAGCACCUACGUGGAACUGCAGGCUGCCGUGAGCAACCAGGUCAACCUAGAAGGUCUGAUUAACCACCCGCCCUGGAACCUCAAGUUAGUGCAGGCGUGGCUGAAGAAGCGCACCCCGCAGGAAGCCACUGUGUUCUUGGGCCUGUAUGAUAAGGCGUUUGAAGAUACGUACACGUACAUGAAGCUGAACCUGAGCCCCAAAAUGCAGCUGCUGGAGUGUAAUUACAUCGUGCAGUCACUCACUCUCCUGGAAGGUUUAAUCCCCUCUAAAGAAGAAGGAGGCAUCUCCUCUGUGGAGCAUCUCCAUAAGCUGUUUGUGUUUGGCCUCAUGUGGAGUUUGGGAGCCCUUUUAGAACUGGAGAGCCGAGAAAAACUCGAGGUCUUUCUACGAGGUCACGGAAGCAAGUUAGACCUGCCAGAAAUCCCCAAGGGCACCAAUCAGACCAUGUACGAGUUCUUCGUUACUGAUUAUGGUGACUGGGAACACUGGAACAAGAGACUGCAGCCUUACUUCUACCCAACAGACAGUAUUCCAGAGUAUUCAUCCAUCUUGGUUCCCAACGUUGACAACAUCAGGACCAAUUUUUUGAUAGACACGAUUGCAAAGCAGCAUAAAGCUGUUUUGCUCACGGGAGAGCAGGGGACCGCGAAGACUGUGAUGGUGAAGGCCUAUCUGAAGAAAUAUGACCCCGAAGUACAGCUCUCCAAGAGUCUAAAUUUUUCCUCUGCCACAGAGCCCAUGAUGUUUCAGAGGACAAUCGAAAGCUACGUGGACAAGAGGAUGGGAAGCACCUACGGGCCCCCAGGAGGGAGGAAGAUGACUGUGUUUAUUGACGACAUUAAUAUGCCGGUGAUCAAUGAGUGGGGAGAUCAGAUAACGAACGAGAUCGUGCGGCAGAUGAUGGAAAUGCAGGGCAUGUACAGCUUGGACAAGCCUGGGGAUUUCACCACCAUUGUCGACGUGCAGCUCAUCGCGGCCAUGAUCCACCCCGGAGGGGGGCGGAAUGACAUCCCGCAGCGCCUGAAAAGACAGUUCACCGUCUUUAACUGCACGCUGCCUUCAAAUACUUCUAUAGACAAGAUUUUUGGAGUUAUUGGCUGUGGAUACUUUGAUCCGUGUAGAAAGUUCAAGCCUGAAAUAUGUGAGAUGAUCGGGAACCUCGUCUCAGUGGGCCGAGUGCUGUGGCAGUGGACCAAGGUGAAGAUGCUGCCGACGCCCUCGAAAUUUCAUUACAUCUUUAACCUUCGCGACCUUUCGAGGAUUUGGCAAGGGAUGCUCACCAUAAAAGCCGAAGAGUGUGACUCAGUCCCCACCCUCAUGUCCCUCUUCAAGCACGAGUGUAACAGAGUGAUCGCAGACAGGUUUAUAACCCCUGAAGACGAACAGUGGUUCAAUUCGCAGCUCAUUCGGGCUGUCGAAGAGAACAUCAGCCCUGAGAUUGCGUCAAAUAUUCUCCCCGAACCAUACUUUGUGGAUUUCCUCCGGGACAUGCCCGAACCCACGGGGGACGAACCUGAAGACACCAUGUUUGAAGUGCCCAAAAUCUACGAACUGGUGCCAACCUUCGAAUUUCUGUGUGAGAAACUCCAGUUCUACCAGAGGCAGUUCAACGAGAUCAUCAGAGGCACAUCUCUCGACCUGGUGUUUUUUAAAGAUGCAAUGACUCACCUCAUUAAGGUCCUGUUGACGACUUCCUGGAAGAGGUCCUACAAUGUGAGCAAUCUGAUAGAAGACUUAAAGAACUUGUACAAAGUUGCCGGAGCCGAAGGCAAGGGCAUCACCUUCAUCUUCACGGACAAUGAGAUAAAAGACGAGGCGUUCCUGGAAUACCUUAAUAACUUGCUGUCCUCGGGGGAGAUCUCCAAUCUGUUUGCCCGAGACGAGUUGGAUGAAAUCACCCAAGGCCUGGUGCCGGUGAUGAAGAGGGAGCUGCCGCGCCACCCUCCCACCUUUGACAACCUGUAUGAAUACUUCAUCACCAGGUCCAGGAAGAAUUUGCAUGUUGUUCUCUGCUUUUCCCCGGUUGGCGAGAAGUUCCGGGCCCGGUCCCUCAAGUUCCCUGGCUUGAUUUCUGGCUGCACCAUGGACUGGUUCAGCCGCUGGCCCAAGGAGGCUUUGAUUGCUGUAGCCUCCUACUUCCUUGCCGAUUAUAACAUUGUCUGCUCCAGUGAGAUCAAGAGGCAGGUUGUCGAAACCAUGGGACUCUUUCACGACAUGGUUUCCGAGAGCUGUGAGAAUUACUUCCAAAGAUACCGCCGAAGAGCCCAUGUGACUCCCAAAUCAUACCUCUCAUUUAUAAAUGGUUAUAAAAACAUCUACAAUGAAAAGGUGAAGUUCAUCAAUGAACAAGCAGAGCGGAUGAAUAUCGGUCUCGACAAGCUGAUGGAGGCCAGCGAAUCUGUUGCCAAACUCUCGCAGGAUCUCGCCGUGAAGGAGAAGGAACUGGCCGUGGCGUCCGUGAAAGCAGAUGAAGUGCUGGCGGAAGUCACGGUGAGUGCCCAGGCUUCAGCCAAAGUGAAAAAUGAAGUCCAGGAGGUAAAAGACAAAGCCCAGAAGAUCGUGGAUGAAAUCGACAGUGAGAAGGUGAAAGCGGAGAGCAAACUGGAGGCCGCCAAACCUGCUCUGGAAGAAGCGGAGGCUGCCCUGAAUACCAUCAAACCAAAUGACAUUGCCACGGUCAGGAAGCUCGCCAAACCGCCUCAUCUGAUUAUGAGGAUCAUGGACUGUGUGCUGUUGCUAUUCCAGAAGAAGAUCGACCCUGUUACUAUGGACCCGGAGAAGCCUUGCUGCAAGCCCUCGUGGGGAGAGUCAUUAAAGCUGAUGAGCGCUACGGGAUUCCUGUGGAGCCUGCAGCAGUUCCCCAAGGACACCAUCAACGAAGAGACGGUGGAGCUGCUGCAGCCCUAUUUUAACAUGGAUGAUUACACUUUUGAAAGCGCCAAAAAAGUCUGUGGGAAUGUGGCUGGCUUGCUGUCCUGGACGCUUGCUAUGGCAAUAUUUUAUGGCAUCAACAGGGAGGUGUUGCCUCUGAAGGCAAACCUGGCCAAGCAGGAAGGCCGCCUGGCCGUGGCCAAUGCAGAGUUGGGGAAGGCCCAGGCGCUGCUGGAUGAGAAGCAGGCUGAGCUGGAUAAAGUGCAGGCCAAGUUCGACGCGGCCAUGAAUGAGAAAAUGGAUCUGCUCAAUGAUGCAGACAUGUGUAGGAAGAAGAUGCAGGCAGCCUCCACACUCAUCGAUGGGCUGAGUGGAGAAAAAGUCCGCUGGACCCAGCAAAGCAAAGAGUUCAGAGCGCAGAUUAAUAGACUUGUAGGCGAUGUUCUGCUGUGCACGGGCUUUCUCUCCUACCUCGGCCCUUUCAACCAGAUAUUCAGAAACUAUUUGCUUAAAGACCAGUGGGAGUUAGAGUUGAAAGCGCGGAAGAUCCCUUUCACCGAAAACCUGAAUCUCAUUGCCAUGCUGGUGGACCCUCCGACUAUUGGCGAGUGGGGCCUGCAGGGAUUACCCGGCGAUGACUUGUCGAUUCAGAACGGCAUCAUCGUGACAAAGGCCACCAGAUACCCUCUCCUCAUCGAUCCCCAGACUCAGGGGAAGACAUGGAUUAAAUCAAAGGAAAAAGAAAACGACUUGCAGGUGACGUCUCUGAACCACAAAUAUUUCCGCACACACUUGGAGGACAGCCUCUCCUUGGGUCGCCCCCUUCUCAUUGAGGACAUUCGAGAGGAGCUGGACCCUGCUCUGGAUAAUGUACUCGAAAAGAACUUCAUUAAAUCAGGCACCGCUUUCAAGGUGAAAGUCGGUGACAAGGAAUGUGACAUCAUGGACACGUUUAAACUUUACAUCACCACAAAGUUGCCAAAUCCUGCCUUUACCCCCGAGAUCAACGCCAAGACGUCGGUCAUUGACUUCACUGUCACCAUGAAGGGACUCGAGAACCAGUUACUCAGGAGGGUCAUUCUAACAGAGAAACAGGAGCUGGAGUCGGAGAGGGUGAAGCUUCUCGAGGACGUGACUUUUAACAAGCGGAAGAUGAAGGAGCUUGAGGACAACCUGCUGUAUAAGCUGAGCGCCACGAAAGGUUCCUUGGUGGACGACGAGUCUCUCAUUGGUGUCCUGCGCAUCACCAAGCAGACGGCAGCGGAAGUAAGCGAGAAACUCCACGUGGCCGCCGAAACGGAGAUCAAGAUCAACACAGCUCAGGAGGAGUUCCGGCCUGCGGCCACGCGGGGCAGCAUCCUUUAUUUCCUCAUCACAGAGAUGAGCAUGGUCAACAUCAUGUACCAGACCUCACUGGCUCAGUUCCUCAAGUUGUUCGACCAGUCCAUGGCCAGAUCUGAAAAGUCUCCACUACCUCAAAAAAGAAUUACAAAUAUCAUCGAGUACCUGACAUAUGAGGUUUUUAUAUACUCUGUGAGAGGCCUGUACGAGAACCACAAAUUCCUCUUUGUUCUACUCAUGACCUUAAAGAUUGAUCUUCAGAGAGGGACGGUCAAGCACAAAGAGUUCCAGGCUCUGAUUAAAGGCGGAGCAGCUCUGGACCUGAAGGCGUGUCCCCCCAAACCCUUUCGCUGGAUCCUGGACAUGACGUGGCUGAACCUAGUGGAGCUCAGUAAGCUCCCCCAGUUUGCAGAAAUUAUGAACCAGAUAUCUCGGAAUGAGAAGGGGUGGAAGAGCUGGUUCGAUAAAGACUCCCCGGAGGAGGAGAUCAUCCCUGAUGGAUAUAAUGAUUCCCUGGAUACCUGCCGCAAGCUUUUGCUCAUCAGAUCUUGGUGCCCAGACCGCACCGUUUUUCAAGCAAGAAAAUACAUCGCGGACUCUCUGGAGGAGAAGUACACUGAGCCAGUUAUCCUAAAUCUGGAGAAGACGUGGGAAGAAAGUGAUACACAUACGCCUCUGAUCUGUUUCCUGUCCAUGGGCUCUGACCCCACCAUCCAGAUUGAUGCCCUGGCCAAAAAACUGAAGUUGGAAUGUAGAACUAUCUCAAUGGGACAAGGACAAGAAGUGCAUGCUCGAAAACUGAUUCAGAUGUCCAUGCAACAGGGUGGCUGGGUGUUACUGCAAAACUGUCACCUUGGUCUAGAGUUCAUGGAAGAAUUACUAGAGACGCUGUUGACCACGGAGACCAUGGAGGACUCUUUCCGAGUGUGGAUAACCACGGAGCCCCACGACCGGUUCCCAAUCACAUUACUCCAGACUUCUCUCAAGUUCACAAACGAACCACCCCAAGGUGUGCGGGCAGGCCUGAAAAGGACGUUCGCCGGAAUCAACCAAGACCUCCUGGACAUCAGCAACUUACCCAUGUGGAAGCCCAUGCUCUACACAGUGGCCUUUCUGCACUCCACUGUGCAGGAGCGACGAAAAUUUGGUCCCUUGGGAUGGAAUAUUCCCUAUGAAUUCAAUUCUGCCGACUUCUCGGCCAGUGUUCAGUUCAUUCAAAACCACCUCGAUGAGUGUGAUAUUAAAAAGGGGGUAUCGUGGAGUACAGUCCGGUACAUGAUUGGAGAAGUACAGUAUGGGGGCAGAGUGACUGACGACUUUGACAAACGGCUACUUAACUGCUUUGCCAGAGUCUGGUUCAGUGAGAAGAUGUUUGAGCCCUCAUUCUGUUUUUACACCGGAUAUAAAAUCCCCGUGUGCAAAACCUUGGACCAGUAUUUUGAGUACAUCCAGUCUCUGCCAUCCCUAGAUAACCCAGAGGUCUUUGGGCUCCACCCUAAUGCUGACAUCACGUAUCAGAGUAACACAGCUUCUGCCGUCCUGGAAACCAUCACCAACAUUCAACCCAAGGAGAGCGGUGGCGGCGUGGGCGAGACGCGAGAGGCCAUUGUCUACAGGCUGUCAGAGGACAUGCUGAGCAAGCUGCCACCUGACUAUGUGCCUCACGAGGUGAAAGCUCGCUUGAUAAAGAUGGGACACCUUAAUUCAAUGAACAUAUUCCUUAGACAAGAGAUUGACAGAAUGCAGAAGGUCAUCUCCAUCCUCCGGAGUAGCCUGAGGGACCUGAAGAUGGCGAUUGAAGGGACCAUCAUCAUGAGUGAGAACUUGAGAGAUGCCCUGGACAACAUGUAUGAUGCUCGCAUCCCUCAGCUCUGGAAGAGAGUGUCCUGGGAUUCAUCCACCCUAGGCUUCUGGUUUACUGAGCUUCUGGAGAGGAACGCUCAGUUUUCAACGUGGAUAUUUGAAGGCAGGCCUAACGUGUUCUGGAUGACUGGUUUCUUUAACCCCCAAGGCUUCCUCACAGCAAUGAGGCAAGAAGUGACCCGAGCUCACAAAGGCUGGGCACUGGACACUGUGACCAUCCACAACGAAGUCCUGCGGCAGACCAAAGAGGAGAUCACCUCACCCCCUGUGGAAGGUGUGUAUAUUUAUGGGCUGUAUAUGGAUGGAGCAUCCUGGGACAGGAGGAACGGGAAGCUCACAGAAUCCACCCCAAAGGUUCUCUUCAUGCAAAUUCCUGUCCUGCACAUCUUUGCCAUUAACUCCACGGCCCCUAAGGACCCGAAACUGUACGUGUGUCCGAUCUACAAGAAACCCCGGCGCACCGAUCUCACCUUCAUCACCGUGGUGUACCUGCGCACAGUGCUGUCCCCGGAUCACUGGAUCCUGAGGGGGGUGGCCCUCCUGUGUGACAUCAAGUAA